AUGAAUAUUAAUUUUUAUGUUUAUGAUGAUGAAGCAGAUGAUGAAAUAAUUUGUAGUAAUUUUAAUGUAUACUGCUCAGAUGAAUUUUUAAAAAUUCAGAACAUUGAAAAAAACAGCAACGCUAUAAUUUAUCAUGAAAUAAAGAAUGAAGAAGAAAAAGAAGAUGUAAGUAAUAUUAGAAAUAUAAAUAUGAAUAAAAAUAAUGAAGAAAAAACAGAAAAAGUGAAAGAACCAAAUAAUGUACAAAAUUUUUUUGUAUUAUGUUGUUUUAAAAAUUAUAAUGAAUUGAAUAUAAAAAAAAAAUUAGAAAAUAAUGGAUUAUAUAUUAAUAAAUAUAUAGUUAGAUGUCUAAAUAUAGAUAUAAAAGAAAAAGAAGAAAAAUAUAAAAGUUGUAAAGAUCAAAAUAAUAAUGUUAAAAAAAUAUGUACACUAAAAGUAAACAUAAUAAAACCUCUAUUAUUUAUACCUAUUAAAGAAAUUAAAUUAUAUGUUGAACAAGUCUUUAAUCAAUCUUAUGAAUAUUUAAAAAGUUAUCAAUAUGAAAAUAUAGAUAUAUUACAAUCAUACUGGAAUAAUAUUAAAAGUAAAAACCUAGAAAAAUAUAUUAACCUUUCUUUAUUAAAUACAUGUUUAUUUGUUAAUAAUUUUUUUAAAAUAAGUAUAUUAGGUGUUCAAUCUUAUAUAACAGUUAAAAAUAUUAUUCUAACGAACAACAAUAAAAAGAAAACAAAAAAGAAAAAUAAAAGGAAAGCUGAAAAAGGAAGUCUACAAGAUAAGCAAGAAAAAAAUAACAACAAAAAUAAUGAAAAUAAGAACAAAAAUAAUGAAAAUAAUAACAAAAAUAAUGAAUAUAAUAACAAUUUUUGUGACAACAACAAUUGUGAGGACAACACCCAUUUUUGUGACAACAAUAUUGUAGUGCCUUUUAUUGAUCAUAAUUCCAAAAUUGUUAUUGUAACCAAUGAUGAUAUAAGAAACAAUGUAGAUGAUAAAUAUUUUAUAAAUGAGUAUGAAGGAGAAAAAAAUAAUAAUAUAAAUUUCAAUCCUAUGAAAAAUUUGAAUUUAAAAAAAAUGAUGAUAAAUAAAAAAGAAAAAAAAGGAUUAAAUAAAUUAGGAGGAUAUAAUAAAAUUAAAGAAGAUAUAUAUUAUUAUAUAUUAAUUCCUUUAAUAUAUAAACAUAUAUAUAAUCAAUAUCAUAUAGAUAUACAUAAAGGUAUAUUAUUACAUGGUCCUCCAGGGUGUGGUAAAACAUAUAUUGCUUUAUCAAUAAAAGAGGAAUUAUUAUUAUUAAAAAAGAAAUUUUAUAUGAUUACACAAGAAAAAAUAAAACAAACAGAAAUAAAUAAUAAUACAAAGAAGUAUCUUCAUAAUGAUGAUAAUAAUGAUAAUUAUUAUAAUAAUGAUGAUGAUUAUUCAUAUAAUUGUGAGAAUAUUAUUAACAUACCAGAAAUUGAGAUAUUAAAGAGUACAGAUCUAAUUGAUGAUAAUAAUACUGGAUAUAAAAUUAAUGAAUUAUUUUUAAGAUGUCAUAAAAGAUAUCAAGAAGAAAAAAAAUGUAGCAUAAUUUUUAUUGAUGAAAUAGAAAUCUUAUGUAAAACAAGAGAAGAAAAUAAUAAUAUGAAUUUAUAUACAUCUGUAUUAUUAAAUAAUAUGGAUGGUAUCAAAAAACAUACACAUACUAUUCUUAUAGGUUCUACAAAUUAUAUUAAUAAAAUUGAUCUAGCUUUAAGAAGAAGUGGACGAUUUGAUAAAGAAAUUGAAGUUAAUCUCCCUAAUUUAAAAGAUAGAAUCUCUAUUUUUAAAAAGAAAUUAAAUUUAAUAAAAAAUAAUAUAAAUAAAAAAAAAAUACAUAAGUUAGCAGAUCUAUGUCAAUCCUUCACAUGCUCCGAUAUCAAUUCUUUAAUUAAUAUUUCUAUGUUUCUAAACAUAAAAGAAAAUAAAAUUAUUUCACUUGAUAUAUUUAACAGAUCACAUAUUAAAACUUUACAUCAUACAACCAAUAUUAAGAAGAACCAAGCAGGUGUAUGUUUACAAGAUUCGAUUGAAAGAAAGGUGUGUGUAAAUGAAAUGGAAGAUGAUAUAUCUGAAAAUAAAUAUAUAAAUAUAAAAAAUAAUAAUAAUAUAAAUCAUUUGUAUGAUAAUUCCUCAUCAAAUAUACAAAAGAGUAUGUGUAAUGAUAAAACAUUGAUUGAUUAUAAUAAAAAUAAUUUAUAUCCUUUAAAAUAUAAACAUAUAUUGAAAGCAUUAAAAUAUAUAAAACCAUCAGGAAUGAAAGAAUUAUAUAUAGAUAUUCCAAGAACAAAAUUUAAAGAUAUAGGAGGCUAUAAAUUUGUAAAAAGAUGUAUAAAUGAAUGUUUAAUAUAUCCAAAAAAAUAUAAAAAUAUAUAUGAUAAAUAUAAUAUAGAUAGUCCUAAGGGUAUAUUAUUAUAUGGUCCUCCUGGGUGUUCUAAAACUUUAUUUGCUAAAGCUAUAGCAAGUGAAAUACAUAUGAAUUUUAUAAGUGUUAAAGGACCUGAAAUAUUUUCAAAAUAUGUAGGUGAAUCUGAAAAAAGUAUAAGAAAUAUUUUUAAAAAAGCUAGAGAAAAUCAUCCAUGUGUUAUAUUUUUUGAUGAAAUAGAUUCUAUAGCUGUUAAUAGAAAUAAUAAUCAAAAUUUUGUAUCAAAUAGAGUAUUAUGUCAAUUAUUAAAUGAAAUUGAUGGAAUAACAAAUAGAUUAAAUGUUAUAAUACUUGCUGCAACCAAUAGACCAGAUUUAAUAGAUCCAGCAUUAAUGAGACCUGGACGUUUUGAUAGAAUUAUUUAUGUACCCUUACCAAAUUAUUCUUCCAGAUUUUCUAUAUUAAAAAAAAAUCUCAAAUUUUUUAAAAUUAAUAAUUUAAUUCAAUAUGAUAAGAAAAAAGAUAUAAUAAAUCAUCAUAACAAUAAGGAUAUUAAAAGAGAAUCUAUUAUAGAUCAUAUACAACAUAUUGAGGAUACAAAUAAUUCAAAUGACCAAACAAUCAACAACAAUAUUACACAAUCUUCUUAUGAUCAUAUUGAAAAUUAUACAUUUAAUAAAAAUAAUAAUAAAAUAAAAACAAAUAAUAAUUCAACUUUAUAUAAACAUACACAUACACCAUUUAUAAAUCUAUGUCACCUCUUAGCAAAAAAAACAAAGAAAUAUAGUGGAGCAGAAAUUGUUAAUAUAUGUAGAGAGGCAUCUAUAUGUGCCUUAAGACAAACAUUAAAAGCAACAAAAAAUAAAAACAAACAAAGUAUUAAGACGCAAAAUAAUAUUUCUCAUAAUGAAAAUAAAUAUACGUUUCAUAAGGAACACCUUAUUGGAUUAAGUAAGAAACAUUUUAUUCAAGUGUUAAAAAAAAUGAAACCUCAAACAAGUCAAUCGCUAAUAAAUUUUUAUAAAAAUUAUAAGGAGCAAAACAAGGUAUAA